AUGACAGAAGCUGCAACUACAACAGAAACUGCAACUACAACAGAAGCUGAUACCACAAUCGAAGCUGCAAAACUUGCAACCACAACAGAACCUUCUACCACAACAAAAGCUGCAACCACAACAGAAACUGUAACCACAACAGAAACUACAACCACAACUGAAGACGCAACUACAAUAGAAGCUGCAACCACAACUGAGGAUGCAACAACAACCGAAGCUAAAACUACAACUCAAGGAGCAACCACAACAGAAGCGGUAACCACAACAGAAACUGCAACAAGAACGGAAGCUGCAACAACAUUAACUGCAACCACAACUGAAACAGCUACCACAACUGAAACUGCUGCCACAACUUUAGCUGCAACCACAGCAGAAGCUGCAACCACAACUGAAUCUUCAAUCAGAACAGAAACUGCAACCACGACAGAAGCUGCAACCAUGACAGAAACUGCUACCACGACAGAAACUGCAACCACGACAGAAACUGCUACCACAACAGAACCUAAGCUGAAACCACAACAGAAACUUCUACCACAAGAGAAGCUGCUACCACAACAGAAACUGAAACCACAACAGAAACUGCUACCACAAGAGAAGCUGCUACCACAACAGAAGCUGAUUCCACAACAGAAGCUACAACCACAACAGAAGCUGCUACAACAACUGAAACUUCAACUUCAACAGAAGCUGAUACCUCAACAGAACCUGCAACCACAACAAAACCUGCAACCAUAA